AUGGCACCAGGACCACGGCGGACACUCCCGGACGAGCUCGUAGAAGAGAUCCUCAUCCGGAUCCCGCCCGACGACCCGGCCAGCCUACUCCGCGCCUCCCUCGUCUGCAAGUCCUGGAGCGAGGUCGUCUCCCACCGCGGGUUCAGCCGCCGCCUCCGCGAUCACCACCGAGCACCCCCGGUGCUCGGCUUCCUGCACGACUGGUACGACGAGGACAUGCCCGAAUUCAUCCCCGCCACCUCAUCGCCAUUCUCUCUCGCCGUUCCCGACCGCAGGCUCUGGCAGGCCGUCGACUGCCGCCACGGGCGCGCCCUCUUCCUCUCCAACCCCAAGUGCCCGUAUACCCAGGAACUCCUUAUGUGGGAGCCAAUCACGGGUGCCCGGCAGCGCAUACCGGUGCCCACGGCAUUCCAGAGUGGCCGCACAACUGCCGCCGUGUUCUGCACAGCGGAUGGCUGCGACCAUUGCCACUGCCACGGAGGUCCCUUUUGCGUGGUCUUCAUCUUCUCCAUCGACGACGAAGAGAUACGCGAAGGCGCCGUCGAGCAGGAGUAUGUCACGUCGGCGUGCAUAUACUCGUCGGAGACUGACGCCUGGGGCGAGCCGACCUUGAUGCAUGGCGAGUGUUACAUGGACUUCACAUGCUAUUCCAGUGUGCUUGUCGGGAGGUCUCUGCUCUACUUCUUGUCCGAUGGUGGGAUGAUCUUGGAGUAUGACUUGGCAAGGCACACGCUGAUUUCGUUCGAUAUACCAUACUCCUGCAGCACUAAGGAUGUAUUUGAUUGCAACCUCAUGCUUGCGGAGAACGGUGGACUGGGACUCGUCGAAGAAUUGAAUCCGCAUCUACAAUUGUGGUCAAGAGAGGUUGAUGCCCGAUGGGUACCCAGCCGGAUCAUCUACUUGGGAAGUUUGUCCCUAAAUGGUGCUCCAGUGGAUGGAGCAUGUCCAGUCCAUGUGUUGGGCUUUGCCGAGGGAGCAAACGUCAUUGUUGUGACCACAUCUGCUGGCGUCUACUCAAUCCAAGUACAAUCAGCGCAUGCAAACAAGGUGUGUGAUGAGGCCAAAGAAUGCGACGAUUAUGGCUAUGGUAAUUUGAUUCCAGUUGUGGGAUUUUACACUCCUGUUCCCAAGUUGAGCAGAUGAGAAAAAAGUUUAUGAUAUAGGUGGUACAAUGGUUAAUUACUUAGCAGCUUAAUCUCCUGAAUGUCAUGUUUACCAACUUGUGAAAUAAUAAAGCUUUUGGA